AUGAAUAUAUCGAUCCAGGAUCCGGGAUGCCUUCCCUGCUUCCUGAGAGUCCUCGGCGAGUCGUACGUGGGCGGGACAGCCACAAAAGAAUUAGUUAGGGCGCCUGAUGUUCUCUGGUAUGACAAGCACGAGUCAAGAGAAGACAACCAAUUAGCAAGACGGGCAACUUAUGAGCAAGACAUACAGCCCGCGAGCAACACCCACGACCCUCGAGCAACACCAACGACCCACGAGCAACACCAACGACCCACGAGCAACACCCACGACCCUCGAUUAACACCAACGACCCACGAACAACACCAACGACCCACGAGCAACAUCAACGACCCUCGAGCAACACCAACGACCCACGAACAACACCAACGACCCACGAGCAACACCAACGACCCACGAGCAACACCCACGACCCUCGAGCAACACCAACGACCCACGAACAACACCAACGACCCACGAGCAACAUCAACGACCCGCGAGCAACACCAACGACCCUCGAACAACACCAACGACCCACGAGCAACACCAACGACCCACGAGCAACACCCACGACCCUCGAGCAACACCAACGACCCACGAACAACACCAACGACCCACGAGCAACAUCAACGACCCGCGAGCAACACCAACGACCCUCGAACAACACCAACGACCCGCGAGCAACAUCAACGACCCGCGAGCAACACCAACGACCCACGAGCAACACCAACGACCCUCGAGCAACAUCAACGACCCGCGAGCAACACCAACGACCCUCGAACAACACCAACGACCCUCGAGCAACACCAACGACCCUCGAGCAACACCAACGACCCUCGAGCAACACCAACGACCCUCGAGCAACACCAACGACCCACGAGCAACACCAACGACCCACGAGCAACACCAACGACCCACGAGCAACACCAACGACCCGCGAGCAACACCAACGACCCACGAGCAACAUCAACGACCCACGAGCAACACCAACGACCCUCGAACAACACCAACGACCCUCGAGCAACACACACGACCCUCGAGCAACACCAACGACCCACGAGCAACACCAACGACCCUCGAGCAACACCAACGACCCUCGAGCAACACCAACGACCCACGAGCAACACCAACGACCCACGAGCAACACCAACGACCCACGAGCAACACCAACGACCCGCAAGCAACACCAACGACCCGCGAGCAACACCAACGACCCACGAGCAACACCAACGACCCACGAGCAACACCAACGACCCUCAAACGACCCACGCAAACAACCCACGAAAAACCACGAGACAGCGAGACCUGAGCGAGACGGCCCUGGGGCGAGAUAACCAGCGUCUCGCCCGUAAACCAACAGGCUAA